CGCUAGAAAGGAAAGGCGUACGUUGCGCCUCUACUUUCAGGCGAAGAGAUUGAUAAAUUUCAUCAAAACAAACCAAAGAGCAUGGACAAUAAGAAUAAGUAGCCGUUAAAGAUCCAUCGUUUUCCUCUUUUCUUCGACACCACUCAUCGAUCGCGAUUUAACCAACAUGAGCCCUGGACUUGGACACGACCCUCUUCCUUCAUAUAAUAUCACCGCAUUAGGUAAUACGGCAUUGUGUUUGUGGCAGCAACCGCAGCAUAUAUUGUUUCAAUUGGCGAAUUUCUGCUUCGCGUUGUCGUAUUCAGCACCUUCUUCGAAGAAAGGGAUAUUGUUCAUGCAUUCUGUCCUAAUAAUAGGAUUCAUGUUGUUGUCAGGCUGGGCAUGGCACGUGAUCUGCGCACCGGACAUAUUCUCUUGGAACUUCAGCUUCCUGGUGUUGAACAUCGGUCAACUGGUUUAUAUCGUUUAUCAAAUGAGACCGGUCCGAUUCGACCCUGAAUUAGAGGAAGCGUAUCACACUCUUUUUUACCCAUUCAAAGUGUCCCGAUUGCAGUUUAAGAGGUUGGUGUCCCCAGAAUUCGCAUCGAUAAUGUCGUUGCAUGCAGGUGAGGCAUACGCAAUGCAAAAUCUAACUCGGACAGACAGAUUAGGAUUACUGCUUAGCGGAAAGGUAAACGUUCUCAGCGAUUCGAAUUUCCUGCAUCCUAUCCUGCCUUGCGAGUUCCUAGAUUCGCCGGAAUUUGAGAGCUCUCGGGCAUCCGUGGACGACAAAUUCAAGGUGUCAAUCGUCGCCGCAAGCUCCUGUAGGUACUUAUAUUGGCAAAGAUCCGCGCUGGAGUAUCUCCUCGUGAAGGAAGCAUAUUUAGCGACAGUUUUAACAACGUUGGUUGCCAGAGAUAUUGCCACCAAAUUGUACGCUAUGAACAACAAGAUUGUUACAGAUAAAGGAUCGCAUUUGGAUAUAAGACUGCCAACUAUCAGCGCAGGGUUAACGAUAAGUAGCGAAUACAGGAGUCCAAGAGCAUCCAGACAAACAUUGAUUCGCAGGAAGGAAUCCUCGAUGUCUUCCGAUAAUGGUGUUUCUAAUCUAAAAGAUCGUCAGGUGAACAAUCUGUCGAAGAAAGGAGCACCGAAUAUGGAACCUCUUCCAGAAAUGCCUUCAUACGACGACUUGGCGUCCAGUGGUGUGGAAAGUUGGUUAGAUUCGUCGAGUAAGUAUCACAGUUGCGAGAUCGUGGACGAAGAAUAGCAGGAGGCCUCCUUAACGCCGGACACAUUUUACGAGGGAGAUAGUGAAUAGUGUUGCGUUGGGGAAUUGCAUAUUAAACGAAAUGAAGACUGUUUUAAUCGAACUUUAUUCCAAACUAAGUGAUAGUGUAAAAUAGACUAAAUCAUUUCCUGUCGGUGGUUUCGUUUGGCGAACGAGAAACUUCAUGAACUUAAUUGCUGAGAAUUUACUCAGAAUUGUUUAGAAGAAAUGCUGUAAGAAAGGACGAAAUUUAGCAUAUAAAAUAGUUUUGGCGAAUGGUAAUAGAAUAUAUUGUCGAUUUUGGUAUAAGUUUUAUAAUUAUAAGAACGAGGUAUCUAGAAAUUCUAAUUAAUAUAACUAUUAUCGUUCUAUCGAUAUGCGUAUUAAAAAUUCAGUAAAGCCUUUAAACUGUUCCUUAGAUAAGUGCACGACCUAUUUUGUAAGCAAAAUUUUCUAUCUUAGAAGCUUUUGUAGAUUGUUAGAACGAAUAUUUCUCCUCGUCUAGAAAUAUACACACACACAUAUAUAUAUGUUGUAUAUGGUGGACAUUUUUAAUAGAAAAUACUUUUAAAUUUUCGUCUGGGUGAAACUUAUGUGUAGCCAGAAUUUUAUAGCGAUUUUAAUACGUAAUUAUGUUGCACUCACGAACAUACAACUUGAUAAUAAAACAAAUUACGGCGAUCAAGGAUUAUAUAUGCGUGAUUAUCAUAUGCGAGGAAAAAUCUGUGCACCUAACACACGUAAUUUGGAAAGCACAAAUGUCUGUGAAAGAUAUUUUAUUAAUUAAUGAUGUAGAAAAGUUGAACUAGUGUCAUCUAUAAAGGAAGCUUUUUUUUUCUCGAACAUUUGAUUUUAUACAAAUCUUUUUCUUUUUUUGUUCGGUUUUUCAUAUUUUCUUUCCAGUAACAGAUACGAGAAGUUGUUAUUGAGAACAUUGAUUUUAUCUUACAGUAUCAGUUGUGUGUUUGUAAUGUUUGUAAUGCUAGAUUAAUAAUUAAUAAGAUUCAGCCUAGGAUGUAAUAAACGUUAAUUUUUCACCGUAACCGCAUCAACGGCGGAAGAUUGAUCGAAUGAUCGAGUUAGUUUGUAGUAUUUCAAUACGCAUUUUAUAUAAGUUUUAAUUACUGUUUUCUUGUCAAUAAAUAAAAUAAAUAAAAACAAAAAUUUGUACGGUUCAU